GUGUGUGUCAUCGUGUAGGAAAAAAAUGACAGAUUCAGGAGGAAGUGACUGAAGAGUGACAGAACUGUGGACGAGAAAGUGACAAAGACCAAGGGCGUAGUCUGUUUAACACAACUUCUGAGUACCACAAACAAGCAUGGCAGUGUGGGAUCUGUCCAUCACCGUAGAGGAACUGGGACCAGAAGCUCCACCUCUGAAAGUCAGCGUCACAUCUGACCUCCAUAUUGGAGGCGUCAUUCUUAAAAUUGUGGACAAAACACAGAUUAAGAAGGAUUGGUCAGACCAUGCGCUUUGGUGGGAGCAGAAGCAGCAGUGGUUGCUGAGGCCGUCAUGGACGCUGGAUAAGUAUGGAAUUCACGCUGAUGCUCGUCUCUGCCUCACACCUCAGCACAAACCCCUGAAGUUGGGUUUACCCAAUGGACUUACCAUCAGGCUCCUCGUUGGCUUCUCAGGCCCCUUGUUUCAAAGCGUCAUUGGCAUCUGCAAGCUGCUCAAUAUUCGUCAUCCAGAGGAACUGUCACUUCUUAAGCCGGCAGAAGAAAAGAAGAAAAAGAAGCAGAAGGGGGAGGAAGAACAGGUGUAUGAUAUCACUUGUGCACCGUUGCCUACAGGUUCUAUUUUAAAGCUGGCCAAUGGCAUGCCUGCGUUCUUUGCUGAAUCUCCUCAGACAGAAGCGGUGUAUAAGAUGAUUUCAGUGAGUCAGCCAGCUCCAGCUCCUGAGACCAUCACAAAAAUGUACAGACCAACUAGCAGGGUGGACAAAGCACAGGUUAACAGCAGGUGGUUAAAUUCAUCUCGCUCCCUCCAGCAGCAAGGGAUCAAAGAAGAUGACAAACUCUUCCUGCGCUUCAAGUAUUACAGCUUCUAUGACCUAGCGCCACAGUUCGAUGCUGUGCGUAUGACACAGCUAUAUGAACAAGCCAGAUGGGCCAUUUUGCUGGAGGAGAUAGACUGCACAGAGGAGGAGAUGAUGCUUUUUGCUGCCUUACAGUACCACAUAGGCAAAGCUUCCCUGACUGAGCAGUUGGUUGAGUCUUGUCCUGCCAUGGAUGACCUGGACUCUGCUCUGCAGUGCCUGGAGGUCAAGAUGGAGGCAGAAAGCAGUGCAGAAGAGAUGCUGGAUACUAUGACAGCGCCAGAGCUGCACGACUAUCUAAAGAUUUUCAGACCAAAGAAGCAGACGCUAAAGAAGUACAAGCAGUUCUGGUUCACCUUCAAGGACAUGUCUAUUUUGUAUUAUAAGAGUAAGGAGGAGAGCUGUAAAGAGCCAAUACAGCAGAUGAACCUUAAAGGCUGUGAGGUGGCUCCUGAUGUGAGCGUAGCUGCCCAAAAGUUCUGUAUCAAACUGCUGAUUCCUGAACCAGAUGGCAUGAAUGAGGUUUAUCUGCGCUGUGAAAAUGAGCAGCAGUACAGCAAAUGGAUGGCCGCUUGCCGCUUGGCAUCUAAGGGAAAGACCCUGGCUGACAGCUCUUUUUCUAGUGAGGUCCAGAAUAUUCAGUCUUUCCUGGCCAUGCAGAGAACUACGCCGGGAAAUAAGACGGCCCCGACAGACGAGAGCAUCAACACACACAGCCUUGUGUCUCCACGCUACCAGAAGAAGUACAAACCCAAACAGCUGACCCCUCGUAUUCUGGAGGCCUACCAGAACGUGGCACAGCUCUCCUUAACAGAUGCUAUCCAAAGGUUUCUGCAGAUCUGGCAAGCUUUGCCUGACUUUGGGCUUUCUUAUUUUGUGGUCAGGUUUAAAGGAUCUCGUAAAGAUGAGGUGCUUGGUAUCGCCAAUAACCGCCUGGUUUGCAUCGACCUGAAUGUCGAUGAAGUGGUAAAGACAUGGAGGUACAACACGAUGAGACAGUGGAACGUCAACUGGGACAUUAAACAGGUCGCCAUCGAGUUCAACGGUAACGUGAAUGUGGCCUUCAGUUGCGUGACGGCGAAUUGUAAGAUCGUGCACGAGUACAUCGGAGGCUACAUAUUCAUGUCAACCAGGAACCGGGAGCAAAAUGACACGCUGGACGAGGAGCUCUUCCACAAACUGACAGGAGGCCACGAAGCUUUUUGAGAAAAAAGAUGGCGUAAAAAUUUCAAGAAAAUAUCAGGAAAACCGCAUUCUACUUUGAAAACAGGUUCGGUCAUGCUGACAGUCGUGGCCUUAAGCGUACAGAAAACUGAUCAUAAAACAAAUUUUCUGCAUUUAAAAAAUGUUUUUUGUGUUGGGGACCCACUAAUCCAGCAACACUAUUGAUCCUAAUGUGGAUAAAUGAAAGAAAAGGUUACUCUCCAUCUUUUCAGGAUCACUCUUUUUCACUCUUUGGCACUGUUGUCUUUUAUACUUAUAAAUAAAACCAUAAAACAAUAAGAUGUUGGCCGGGAA